AUGCGUGCCAGUAAUGAUUAUACCUGGGAAAUUCAAAUGAUUCGAGGAGAAGAUGAAGUAAAACUCGAAAAACAAUUGAGUCGAAUUCCCGAUAUAGCACAAACUGGCGCUGGAAUUGUGCUUGUUGGGGCAGGAGUGUGCUCUUCCUUGAGAGAUAAUAGUCAACAUACUGGACUAAUUCCAACUCAUGGACAAUUACCGAGUGUAGCUGACAGUAGCAAUCCAUCUACAUCCGUAAGUUUAUCAAAUUCUCUUCAUUAUCCUUUAGAUUACCUAAAUUGA